GGUUGCGCAUGCGCAUCAACCGCACCCACCUUCUCAGCUCGCGGUUACGCAGAUGAGAUCAAGAAUUCCAAGCACAGUUGUCAUUAUCAUUGCGCCUGUGCGAUCAGCGUUUUUGUUAUCAUGAUUCUUCUAAGGUGUGAGAUUAAAAUAUUAUUGCCAUGUGCUCGGACGGAACGCUGACAGAAUUGGCAAGCUCUAUAAGGUAAACCACCUGUCGUUGGUCGAGCCAUAAACUAGCAAAGCGGCGUCGACCGAACACUAGCGGCAACAGGGAAAGUGCUUGUGAACGAAGAACAGCCUCCCACCCAGUUUCCGUUUCAUUCAAGUGCCUUAAGUCACAAAAAACUCUGGGUUAUUAAUUUUGUGGAAGAAGAAUGUCGAGAGUGUGAACGGAAUAAAAGCGAAAACAAAGAAAGAAAGAAAAAAAAAUCCGUCCCUACUUAGAACAUUGCAUUUUCUAAACGUUAUUGACAACAGACCAUUUCAUCGUUUCGGGAGGUGGUGGAGUGUUCGAAGCCUUUUUCAAACAGUGGAUGACACCUUGCAAUGUGGGCUUCCCGCCCUUCCUGUUAUGACAAUGACAUGCCCAUUGACUUGCGAAAGAAAGUGGUGCUACAGAGAGAGCAGGAAGAAUCUCGAAAGAAGGAAUCUGUCUUCACCCCCAAAGAGAACAUUUUGAACCACAACCACCAGUCUGCCGAAAGAUGGAACCCACUGGCGACGGCCCUGCCGGUGAGCGGCCUCUAUCCUUUCAUGUCCGAAAGGUACGGUGUGAGGUGUUCCGUUGUCACCAGCCAGGAUGAGAACAGGAGCUAUGAUGCCAAAUAUGGAAGCAGAGGAUCCCUUGAAACUGCCAUCCGGAAAUUGCAUCAUAACAGGCAGCUGAAAAAAUCACCUGAGCCACCAAGAGAAGAGAGAUGCCGGUCCACUGACAUACUGGAAAAGAGAGAGAAAGAUGGAUCGCUCGAAAGUAAACGUUCGAACAGUUGCCCAAAUCUCACCACCGUCAUCAAGCCUAAGCCAUCACCUCUCAAACCUAAAUCAUCUUUCAUCCUCCGCUCAUCAGAGUACCUCGCCAAGAGUGAAUCGAAUACUAACUCGUUUUCUGGAUCAUAUCAUUCCGAAUCUGACGACCACUCAAAUCAUAUGAUUGGUGGAGCUCGAAAGCGAAAAUCAUUCAUCCCAGUCUACGGUGACCGUGCUCCUUCCCCUAAAAGGAAGCCCAUCUCGCCAACCGAACAUUCGCCUUACGAAGAGUAUUUUCCACACCCAGAAAUCCUACUAAGAAGACAGCUACAACAACAUGGCCCAGCACCAUAUGUUCUGCAAGUCUACGACUACUACCAGCAACUAGUACAAAGAUUGCGCGAUCACUCAUCACCAGGGGUGGUGCAUUUGCCCCCACCUGCAUCUCCGAAUUCGAUUGAUGAAGAAAUGCCGUCGGAUCCACAGAGGCGAAGGCCUUGCAGAGCCUUAACGGGAAAGCAUGUGAGACAGGGUACAGGAGCUAGUCUGUCCACCCUUCUGACGUUGAGACAAAAGAUCGAGGAAAGACAACGGGCUAAGGAGCACCACCCUCUCAAUGUAAUAAAUGGCAGCUGUAAAAGCAUGAGUCCUAAAAAGAUGAAGGUUCAAAAAUCGAAACCAUCUCCUAAAAAUUUGCUAAACAAAAUUUAAAAACUUCAACUGUGAUUGAAGAAAUUUAAAAACAAUACAAUGCAAAUAAAUACCUAUUUAUGGAGAAAGAAAGAUUUUCAUAUAAGACAUGCUGGUAUAUUACAAGUUUUUAAAUAUCCUCAGCAAUAAUGGAGCCGACUUUGUGCCAAACAAAAUAAAUUAUCACACCACCGGAAUUAUUUAUUUGAUCUGAGAACUAUUGAAUCAUCGCUGGAUUUGUUUGGCAUUAAAAAGACUUGAAUUUUUCAUUUUUCCCCCAACAUUGCUGAAAGAAAUUCUAAAAUGCAUGAAAAAUUUUAAUAUUCAUGUUUCACUCCAAAGGAACUUCUCUAUUCCUUGAUUAAUUUCAAAAUAAAAACAACAUAGCAACACUGGGACCACUAUUUAAGACAAUUUUCAGUAUUUUUCUUCUUAUUGCUUGUAAUAGAAAUUCUUUUGUAUAUACAAUUUCUUUUAUUUAUUUUUUCAUUUCAACAUAAU